CGUGCAUUGAAGAAGGCAUUUAACGGAAAAACUGAGCAUGAAGUAGCUCGUCCACCAUUAAAUGGUCAUGAUGUGUAUGAUAGGGUGAAAGAUUUGAACACAAUCUUUGGAAAACCUUAUAAGCGGAACAAACAGAGCCUUUGGAAAAAGAAAUCUAUAUUUUGGGAGCUUCCUUAUUGGAAAGACCUAUCAGUAAGGCACUGUCUUGAUCUCAUGCAUAUUGAAAAGAAUGUGUGUGACAACAUCAUUUCGACUAUUUUGAAUGUUCCUGGAAAGUCAAAAGAUGGCAUAAAUAUUCGCAAAGACAUGGUUGAACAUCUGAAUAUUCGGAAAGAAUUAGCACCACAACCACGUGAGAAUGGAUUUUUUCUUCCACCAGGCAGCUAUACAUUAUCAAAGGCCGAGAAAAAAAGUUUCUGUGAGUGCUUACAUGGGAUAAAGGUGCCAUCAGGGUAUGCGUCUAAUAUUAGAAAUCUUGUAUCACUACAAGAUAUGAAAUUGAUUGGGUUGAAGUCUCACGACUAUCAUGUUUUGAUGCAACACUUGUUACCUGUUGCUUUAAGAGGUCUUCUACCUGAUCAUGUUAAACAUGCCAUUAUGAGGUUGAGUUUCUUCUUCAAUUCCAUAUGCCAGAAAGUAAUUCAUCCAGAGAAACUUCAUGCUUUGCAAUCAAAAGUAGUUGUUACAUUAUGUCAACUCGAGAUGUACUUUCCGCCAUCAUUGUUUGACAUUAUGGUGCAUCUUGUUGUGCACUUAGUCAGAGAGGUAAAGAUGUGUGGACCGGUGUUUUUGAGGUACAUGUACGGAAUGGAGAGACACAUGGGGUAUUUAAAAUCAAAAGUAAAAAACCGUUGUCGACCGGAAGUUAGCAUCAUCAGAGGUUUAAUUGAUGAAGAAGUCAUUGAAUUUUGUACGCCAUAUUUAACUAAUGUGGAAUCUUUGGGAGUACCAAAGUCUAGACAUGAUGACAGACUUGAAGGAAAGGGCACUCUUGGGAAGAAACAAGUAAAGAAUGUGGAUAAUGAUUUGUUGGGAAAGGCUCAUCUUCUCGUAUUGCAUCAUCUUGAAGUAGUUCAUCCUUAUGUGCAACAACAUAUGAAUGUCUUGAGAUCCCAGUUUCCUUUGAAAAGUGAAAUCUGGUUGACUAAAGAACACAACCGAACCUUUGCAUCUUGGUUUAGGGAUUUAAUUUUCAAUGACACUGAUAAUGUGUACUAUGAUGUUAAUGAUGAUAUUAAGUGGUUGGCCUAUGGUCCUAAACGACCAAUUGAUUCUUUUGAAGCAUAUGAUAUCAAUGGCUACACUUUUUAUACUACCAGACAAGAUGAGAAGUCAGUAUUACAUAAUAGUGGUGUGUCUGUGAUAGCAUCUUCGACUGAGUAUGCUAGUGCAAAUGAUCAAAAUCCAUUAAAUGCAAGGUUGUCUUACUAUGGAAAAAUAGAAGACAUUUGGGAGUUAAAUUACACAGCUCGAUCUUUUGCCAUUUUCAAGUGUCAAUGGGUUGAUAUUCGUCGAGGGGUGCAAUGUGAUGACACUGGAGUCACAUUAGUAGAUUUUAACCGAUCAGGACAUCGUGGUGAUCCGUUCAUACUUGCAUCACAGGCCGAACAAGUGUUUUAUGUAAAAGAUCCUUCAAAUGAACGAUGGUCCAUUUGUUUACCCGGCAAGAAAAAGAUUACAUGUAAUUUUGAGGAUGAGGAAGAUGAUUAUGUUGAGGAAAUGCCCUCAUUAUCCAUCGGGAUGCGUGAAACAAACAUAAGAUAUGAUCACAAUGAGGAUGAUCUUCCCUUUAUCGCACACCAUAAUGAUGGCAUUGAAGUGUUAACGGAAAAAGCUAAGUGAGGAAUUGUACACACUAUGAGCGACGAUGACGGAGAUGAGCCUGGUCAUAAUCAAGAUCCUCAUGGCGGCGGUGGCGGUCAAAGAGACAGCGAGGGGCGAAAAAUAAUUGAAUUUGCUGAUACCGAUGCUGUCAUCGGUGAGUGGGCUGAAGAGUUUAAAUCAUUCUUGGGGAAGAUG